AUGGAACCGUUGCCUCGAGUUUCUGGGUCUCCUCCCACGCCGUCGCAAUCGUCUCUGAACAAUGACCCAGAGGAAGAAGAGCGCGACUACGACGAGGAAGAUGAUGAUGUUGAUUUCAAUCCCCUUCUCAAGGAUUCUCCUUCUCGUGAAGCUUCUUCCAGUUUGAGCUCUGAAGUUGAAACUCUCGAUGGCGAAAUUGUUGACAGCAUUGCUGUUCCCCAGAGCUUGGAAGAAAAAGAAGAAAUCGCCACCGUCGAGUCAAUCUCUCAGAUUAAUGCUCAUACGGAAUCCAGUUCUGAUCCGGGUUCUCAGAAAGGAGACGACUUUGUAAGAGCAGAGGAAAAUCCGGCAAAUGAAAACGGAGGUGAUAUGAUUCAGACUGAUAAGCGAGUUCUGAUGUCAGAGGAGGAAGAUGAUGCAAUCUGCAAGCGAACUAGAGCUAAGUAUUCCCUCGAGAGUUUCACUCUCGAUGAUCUUGAGGCCUUUCUUCAGGAGACUGAUGAUGAGGACGACAUUCCAAAUGUUGACGAUGAGGCAGAGUACCGCAAGUUUCUCGCCGCCGUUUUACAUGGUGGUGAUGAUGAGGUCCAGUUGGUACAGAGUGAAAACAACGACGAGGAUGAUGAUGAUGAGGAUAACGAUCUAGACUUUGAGAUAGAGCUUGAAGAAGCACUGGAGACUGAUGACGACGAAGCUAUACCGGAAAAAGUCACAGCAGAGGAUAUCAAAAGCACUAAGCGACGGCCUGUGACUAGGCAGAAGAGACGGCAAAGCAUCUCCGGUCAGCACAAUACCAAUUCUCCUGAGCAGUCUAGCAGAUUGUUACGCCCUCUUGUACCCAUCUUCCCCACUGCACAGCCUGUUAGGAGGUUUCCUGCAGUUGCUUCAUCAGGAGACUGUCAAGUAUAUGGCUUCAGUCAAGCCCAAAUCGGAGAAUUGCAUUGUAUGAUUCAUGACCACCUUCAACUUCUUAUCCAGGUUUACUCUCUUUGCGCACUUGAUCAUUCACGGCACCCCAUUGGAACCCAACUCCAAGGGCUUAUAUCUGAGAUGAUCCAACGGCACCAAGGACCAAGUCAAGUUCUUGUCACUGGUUCGGCAUCAUCGGUUGUGGAUCUAGCUGGGAGAUAUGUAGAUGAUGUUUCUAGUGUUGUUCAAGACUAUCGACGGAGUCAAGUGGAAUCCGGUUUUGAUGCUUCGUCUCUUAGAGUGCCAUUGUUUCCACUUCCUCCUUCAGCCCCUAGUACAAGUAAGUCACCAUCAGACCAGCAGCAACCUAGGAAGACGUUAGCUGCUACGCUCGUUGAAUCAGCGAAGAAGCAAUCUGUGGCCUUGGUCCAUAAGGAUAUCGCCAAGCUAGCUAAAAGAUUUCUGCCCUUGUUCAAAGCAUCGCUCUUUCCCCACAAGCCACCUGCUGCAGCUGUUAGCAGUCGGUUCCUUUUCACUGACGCUGAGGAUGAAUUACUUGCUCUUGGAAUAUUGGAAUAUAACUCAGACUGGAAGGCAAUAAAGCAGCGCUUUCUUCCAUGUAAAGGCGAGCAUCAGAUUUAUAUCAGGCAAAAAAACCGGAGAUCAUCUAAAGCCCCAGAAAAUCCAAUUAAGGCAGUUUUGAGGAUGAAAAGCUCUCCCCUGACUCCACAAGAGAUAGUACGAAUACAAGAGGGGCUUAAGUACUUCAAAUACGAUUGGAUGUCGGUGUGGCAAUUCAUUGUGCCUUAUCGAGAUCCAUCCUCACUGUCACGGCAAUUGCGCACUGCCCUUGGAACUCAGAAGUCAUAUAAGCUAGAUGCUGUCAAAAAUGAGAAGCGGCGAUUAUAUGACACAAAAAGAAAGUCUAGAGAGCAACUGACAUCUGCAAGAAAGGACCGUCCUGGUACUUCUAAGGCCAAUGAAAAUCAGGCUGGGGAUGAAUUGGUCGAGAAUUCAGGUGAAGCAUAUCUACAUGAAGGAUUCUUAGCAGAGUGGAGGCCAGCUCUCUUUUAUUAUACAUCUAUGCACUCCUUUGACAAGGCAAAGGAUGUUCCUCGUGAGUCAGUACAAACAUGUACUGGUGAAGGAUCUAAAACUCCUGAAAUUCGUGGUCCCCAAAUUCUGUCAUGUACGCAGAGGCUUGCACCUUCUCUCAUUCCUCUGUACCACCACCCAUCUGGUACAACACCCGAUGCCUCAAGAGCACCGAUAACUAUGCGGCCAUAUCGUUCUCGUAAACUAUGCAGCAGAAGUGUUGUGAGACUAGCCCCUGAUUUGCCUCCAGUUAACCUUCCCUCUUCUGUCCGUGUUAUCUCCCAGUCGGUUUUUGCCAAGAAUCAGUCUGAGACAUCCUCCAAAACUUGUAUCGUCAAGGGUGGUAUGUCUGAUGUUUCUGGGAGGGAAAAUAUGGGUACUGAACCUCCUUGCUCUUCAGCUGAUGGAGAUAACAACGCUCCCUCUAGCGAGAAAGUGGUGGAUUUGCAGGAAGCUGUGCCUGCAGAGAGCUCCUCUGGGAUGGGCGAAACAAACAAUGACUCAGAUCUUCAAAUGCAUCCUUUACUGUUCCGGACCCCGGAGCGUGGACAGAUUACGUGUUAUUCUUCAAAGCGAGACCCGGGAGGUUCUAGUUCCUUUAGUUUCUUUCCUGACAAUCGACCUCAGUUGCUGAGUCUUUUCAACAGUCCAAGGCAAAUCAAUCACUCAGCUGAUCAGUCUCAGAAGAAACCAUCAGUAAAUGAACAUGAGGCAGCAGUGGACGACAGCUGUUUUCAUCCUCUUCUUCAAAGAACUGAGUAUGAAACGAGUUGUCGUAUUAGUAGACGUGGGAACUUAGACCUAGACAUUGGCAAGAAAGGCAAAUUAUGUCAACUUGAGGAUACUUCUAGUGCUGGUCGUCGUGAUGCCAGCUUGAAACCUUUUAGCUCUAAAAAAGUGAACUUAGAUAUCAAUCUAAGUUCGAGCUCUUCUAAGGUUAAAGAUUGUGGAAGAGAUACUUCGGAAGUUCCAGACAUGUGCAUGGUUCAGCGUAAUGGUGACUCUCAAGUGCCUGGAUCAACCGCAGCAAGUGUUAAUAUUAGUAGAUGCAUUGAAGAGAUGGCUGAUCAAUCUAAUCUAGGUAUAGUGAUGGAACAAGAGGAAUUAAGUGAUUCUGACGACGAAAUGACAGAAGAAGAAGAAGUUGAGUUUGAGUGUGAAGAGAUGGCUGAUUCUGAAGGAGAAGAAGGAUCAGAAUGCGAAGAAACCAUUGAAAUGCAAGAUAAGGAUAACAGAAGCUCUGCAGUAGAAACAGCUUCAACAGAUGUCGAUUCUGGCAAAGAACUAGGCAGGGAUUCUCCAAACAGUCCUUGGUUGAGGCUAGAUCCCAGUAGCAAGGAUAUAGAGAGGACAGAGCCAGAAAACAAAACGACUAGUAGAUCACGCAAGAAGAGGACACCAAUGAAGAGAAGAGAUGCAGAAACAAAGGAAGACGCAGGCGUUGCUCGGUUGAGACUAGGUCCUCUCGCCCUUCCUUCAAUGAAGAGACCGAGGAAGUGUGUUGGGCAGGCGGAUACAAGUCCAAGGAUUGAGACAACCUGA